AUGAAUAAACAACUAUUUGCAUACAUCGACCAGAGAGUUCCUGCGAGAUACUUACCAAUUGAUGAUAUCAGUUUCACAUAUGAAUCUCAAUUAGAGUUAGUGGAUCACGUAAAUCCUAUACUUUCUUUGAACUCAUUCUAUGUCAAGUCCGUUCUACGUGAAUACAUUUCCAGAAUUGAAAAAUCAAAUCAAGAUAUAGCCGAUGAACUCUAUGAACUAUAUUGUGAUCCUCAAAUAUUGAAUUCCAAAGAGUUGGACCCAUCUCAUCCCGAUAUAAUAAAAUACUAUAUUUCCGGCUUCAAUCAAUCAUUCACAGGUAAUGGUCAAGACACCAUCAUUAUUAAAGAAACACCAAGACUAAUCUCGGGAGCAAACACUACAGGUUUAAGAACAUGGGAAGCUGCAUUGUAUUUAUCAAAUUUCUUAAAUGAUAUUGAUUCACCGCCAUACGAUUUUAGAGACAAGACGAUUUUGGAACUUGGGUGUGGUACUGGUCUAGUCAGUUUGGCAAUUGCAAAAAGUUAUCACAACAAGGUUGGAAAUAUAAGACAAGUUAUUAUGACGGACGGAUCUACGAAUGUGUUUGACAAUAUCACCGAAACUAUGCAGUUGAAUGGACUAGCCGAGUCAGAUAUUAUCAAGUGUCAACAAUUGAUAUGGGGUGAAGAUACAACAAUUUCGACGGAUAUCGAUUACAUAGUCGCAGCUGAUAUUACCUUUGAUAGUAGGAUCUUAGAACCCUUGUGCAUGACCAUCAAUGAUUUAUUCAAGAAUAAUAACCUCCAGGCUGGUAUAAUUGCUGCCACCGUCAGAAAUAUAGACACAAUAAAUGACUGGGAAUCACAGCUAGAAAAAUGGUUUCCAGGACGAUGGAACAUUGUAUCAGGUAAUAGAAAUCCUCAUCUGAUUCAAUCAAAUUGUUGGUUUAAUGUCAACACCCAAGAGAUACGUGUAUAUGAAAUUAAAUAG